AUGGGCAACGGUCGCGGGUCCGUGACGGGUCACAAGCUCAGCGAAGCCUAUAGGCGUCUUCAGUCCAGGAGGGACGAUUCCAAAGAGCCUAGCGAGGCAGAAGGUAGUCAGAGCGGUAACAAGAAGAACAAGCGGAACAGGGUCCACUUUAGCUGUGUUGAAGUGAGUCGAAUUGGAGCGCGUCGAGCUCCUUGCGGCCAAUGCAUCGCACGAAAGGUUCCGAAUCUGUGUCGACCUUUUAUAAACGGUGUAGAGGAUCCCACGAUCUACGAUUCCGACAUCAAAGCAAGACUCACACGCAUUGAGGAUAUUCUCGCGACCCUGAUAACACGCCUACCCACACCCGCACCUCCCGAGGAAACUCAGGAUUCCCAUACCCAAGCGUCGUCUUCGCGUCAAGUACCGCGUACCGUCUCGAGCCCCCGGCCGAUCGCACCGGCGCCGCCAGGCAUUGCCGGUGAUACCCAGCACACCCCGCCAGUACCGCUUUACUUCUCUGCUCUGCACUCGCAUCCCUCACCGACGGAUCAUCCAUCGCCUCAUUCAGGAUCUGGCUCUGUGGUGGUUCCCGGCCUGGGGAGGAUUCGAAUCACUCUAGAGCCUGCCUCGCCAGAGCUGAAUGAUAUCCUGCAGACUUUAAGCGAGUCGGGAAUCACCAAGGGGGUGCUCAUCGGUUUGUUGAUGGAUCUCCCAGACAAAGCUCUGAGUGACAUCCUUGUAGAGCUGUACUUCCGGGAGAUCGAUUGGACACGAUACAAGAUGAACCGGCCGCUCUUCAUGCGUCGAUAUACCAUGUUUUUCGAAUCAAUUCGACAGAAUCCCAGCAACCCGCAUAUCGACGCGGACACCCUGAAAUGGCUGCCGUUGAUGUAUAUUACCCUUGCUAUUGCGACACUAUCUGCACCCGUGGAGAUGGUGGGAGGACCAUUGGGACAAAAGUCGUGGAGUCGACGAUUCUACGGAAGUUCCCGUUCUGCCUUGACUUGCGCCAAAGCGCUGCAGAGAGACAAUCUGGACAUAGUCUACGCUAGCCUGUUGUCCGCCCGGUUCAUGUUCUUGACGCGUCGAGCAGCGGAAGGCUCGACACCGUUAACGUCGGCUUUCCAGCUUGGUCUAUAUCGAGAUGGCUCGGUACUCAAUUUGAUGGACAAACGCGAAGUGGAACUUCGCAGGCGUGCUUGGGCCAUGGUUUAUCACUUGGACCGAACGAACGCUCUUUUGGUUGGACGCCCAACGUCCAUCUCGGAUGCCCAUACCGAUACCAAGGAGCCUGCGAAUCUUGACGACGAAGAGUUGGAGUCUCCCGACUUUGAUCCCCGAGGACAUUCUCUGAUCAAGCCUACGGAGUACACCCAAGUUAUACUCCGGCAUAGGCUCGCACAAAUCAUGGGCCGUAUCUCAGAUCACACUUUUGCCAUCAAGCCACCAGAUUAUUCCAUGGUGCUCAAGCUGGAUCAGGAGCUGCUCGAUUGGCAGAGCAAGUUGCCUCCCUUCUUUGCUUUGUUCCAUCCCGACACGUCCUUGGAUCAAAAGUAUCGAUACAUCUUUGUUCAGCGGCAUCUACUAGCUUGUGAAUUCCUCUUUGCGAGGAUUACUCUGCAUCGGCCUUACCUGUUGCGCAAACGAGAUGUCAACAACCAAUAUCGAUAUUCCCGUGAGGCGGCAAUCGAAUCGGCCAAAGCAGAUCUGCUGGGUAGGCGUGCCUUUAUGUUCGAAAAGCCAGAAGAUACCAAAGUGAACAGCGGAGGGUAUCGGGUACUCAACUCGUACAUCGUGCUUGGUGUGGCUAUCAAGAUGGAACCCAACUCGGCCAGGGCAGAAGAGUUGCGCCGUUUACUGGAUGUCGUGGCGGGUCUGGCUCCAGAUGAGCUUGGCAGAGUGUCUGAACCGAUCGUUAAGGACGAGCUCGCCAUCGUAGAGUUUUUGACGCAAAGAGCGAACGAUCCCAACAAUAGCGAGGGCGCUCUCAACAACUCUGCUCCGAUACCCCCAUAUCAUAUACUCUCGGGAGAACAACGACCGGCUCUGCUGGAAAGACGAGACACUUCCGCUUCGAGACAGUCAAACGAAGUUGCAACGUUCCGCCAACAGCAUGCCGGCGACGACCCCGCUUGGUCAUUCGUCGCACCAGGAAUGGCUACUCUUGACGUACAUGCGCCUUUCUCGCCUGGAGGCGUAGUCAACAGAGCUGGUUCGGACGUCUCAACCUCUAGUGUACCCGGUCCUUUAAGACCGCCUCCUCCUCGCGGUUACACCGGACAGGCUUCGACAUCAAUGUUUGGUGAUAGGGAAGGGGGCAACGCCCACAAUGGUUUCCUCCAGCAAUCACAGAACGUUUCCCCGGCACGGUCGCAGAUCCAACAAUCACCGUAUCAGAGCUCCAAUUUGGCUUUGCAAGGAUUAUCGCAAACUAUCCAUGAUCAGAGCUACAGUCAUGAUCAACAAGGGAUUUCGGGCGAUUUCAACAUGGACUCGAACGUGAUGCCCAAUCUGGAUUCGUGGUGGAACGAUAUUGGGGGAAAUCUGGCCAUGAACCAGAAUACGCCAGGCAAUUUCAACCCGUUUGCCCUCGCUCAAUUCGGACAGGUCGAAGAAGGUGCCGAUUCAAAGUGA